AUUCGACCAUAUCGAAAACCGUUCGAUACGGUUACGAGUGUCCGAACCGCAAGCUGUCGGAGCUAAAGAAAGCAUAGGUAUAUGUAUGUGCCGUUAAAAGAUCACAACGUCAACAGCUCCAUAGACCUACCACUUCACCUAUAUCGAGAAAUCACAAUCGCAAGCAGUAAAAGACGAUGCCUCCACCACCAGCCGCACCUCCCGCGCCCCCAUUGAAUGUCGUCAUCGUGGGCGCCGGUAUCGGCGGACUAUCCGCAGCCACUGCCUUCCGCCGGGCAGGGCACAAUGUUUCCAUCUAUGAACAAAGCGCCUUUUCCAACGAACUCGGUGCCGCAAUCCACCUUGGACCCAAUGCCUCGCGCAUCCUUGGCAGAUACGGCUACGACGAGAAACGCCUGCGCGGCGUGCGCUGCGACAGCUUGGAGAUGAUGGCUCCGGAUGGCACCACAAUGUUCAAGGCAUUGACCGACCAUGUUACCAAGGAGUAUGGCAGUCCGUGGUAUCUGUGUCACCGUGUGGACCUGCACAACGAACUGAAGCAUUUGGCCUUCGAUGAGGAGGGGGAGGGGAAGCCGGCAACACUGCAUUUGAGCUCCAAGGUUGUGGGGGUGGAUCUUGAGAAAGGGCAGAUCACCCUCGCGGGGGGUGAGGUAGCUCAGGGCGACUUGAUCGUGGGUGCGGACGGAAUCCAUUCCAGGAUCCGCGACCAUAUCAUCGGCGAGGGCUACUCUCCACCCCCCUCGGGCAGCAACACCUACCGCUUCAUGAUCCCCGUGUCGAGCCUCACCUCCGACCCUCUCCUAUCCGCAUACGUCCCGUCGCCCACCAAGCCGGGGAUGAAAAUUGUCGUCGCCCGCGACAAGCGGCUGGUCUUCUACCCGUGCCGCGAUUCCACACUGCUCAACGGCGUCGGCAUCCACCCGGACACGCUGUCCAAGCACUCCACGGAGGAGUGGAAUGCAAACACCUGCACGGUCGAGGACCUGAAGCAAACGUAUGCCGACUUCGCGCCGGUUUACCACCGCCUCUUUGAAGUCGCCGAGGAUAUCAAGCUCUGGCAGCUCAAGGAUCGCGGCGGCAUCGAUACGUGGAUCAAGGGCCGCGGCUGCCUGCUCGGCGAUGCAUGCCACCCCAUGUUGCCGCACCAAGGCCAAGGCGGCGGGCAAGCGAUCGAGGACGGCGCCGCGCUCGGUGUGAUCUUCCCGUUGGGCACGCCAGCGGCGGACGUGCCGACGCGGCUCGCGUACUACGAGCACGUGCGCAAGAGCCGCGCCGAGACGAUCCAGGAGUUUAGCCGUGCCCAGAUCGCCGGCAGCGAGAAGCAAGUGAUCGAUCCACGGGUCACGGAGGAGUUUACGUUCAGACACGACGUCGUCGCGUAUGCGAAGGAGGCGCUGACCGCCGUGUGGAUCCCGAGUACGGUGGCCCCGCGCGGGCCGCCGGCUGGUGCGCCCGGAGGGCUGAAGGUUAGGCCGUUGGCGGGCGUGGAGUUGCCGGUGGAUGAGAAGUUGUGAUAUCGCAUGCUCAAUAAAUGCUUAUGGCCAC